AUGGAGGCGGCUAUUGGCGCGGCGAGCGGGCUCAUCGGCACUGUGUUGAAUCAGCUAUCCGAUGAGUUCAUCCAGGCAUAUGUUGCCAGCUCUGAGCUCGGUCUCAACGCCAGGAAGAUCAAAGAUGAUCUCCGGUUCACACAAGGGCUGCUGCACGAAGCCCAGAGGAGGGGCGUGAGCGACAACCCUGGUCUGAAGGGGCUAGUGCAGCAGCUCAACACCAAGGCCAACGCCGCUGAGGACGCCCUGGACGAGCUCCACUAUUUCAUCAUCCAGGACCAGAUCGAUGGCACCAAGUAUGCCGAGCCGGAUCUGGGUGAUGGCCUCCACAGCCAUGCUCGCCAUGGUUGUCAUGCUGUUCUGCACGUUGUCGGUAACUGGCUUAAUUGCUUUUCUUGUUUGCCUAUGCAAGAUGAUGGUGCUGAGAGUACUAAUGUUAUUAGCAAAUCAUACAACACUAUCAAUCUUGAUAGUAGUAAUGAUAGUCCACUUGAUAAGUUGCAAUUCGAGAGAGUUGCUAUGUCCAAGAAAAUUAAGUCAGUGAUAGAGGAAAUGCACUCCCUAUGUGAUCCUGUCUCCCAAUUGCUCAAUCUAACUCCAGACCAGAGCAACACUACAAGUGUAAACCUCAACCGGCCUAUGAUGGGUUCAACAUCGGUGGAAAAUAAAUUAUAUGGAAGGAGCGCCAUUUUUGAGCAAACUAUAAAAGAUAUGACCAGUGGCACAUAUCACAGUGAAACACUUUCCAUUCUUCCUAUAGUUGGCCCAGGGGGUAUUGGAAAGACAACUUUCACUCAACACUUGUAUAAUGAUAGAAGAAUUGAAGAGCACUUCACUGUUAGGGUUUGGGUAUGUGUGUCCACUGAUUUUGAUGUGCUUAAGCUCACCCAGCAGAUCCAUAGCUGCAUACCUGUAGCUGAAAAAGAAGAAAUCAACAUUGUCAGUGGAACAACCAAUUUAGACCAGCUUCAGAAAUCCAUCGCAAAUAGAUUGAAGUCCAAAAGGUUUUUACUUGUCUUGGAUGAUGUAUGGAAAUGUGAUAGUGAUUAUGAGUGGAACAGCCUAGUAGCACCGUUCACAAAGGGAGAAGCCAAAGGCAGCAUGGUUCUUGUCACAACUCGAUUUCCAAAAAUAGAAGAAAGGAUCAAUAAAGGAAUUAGUCCCAUAAAACUGCAAGGUUUGGAUCCACAAGAGUUCUUUGAGUUCUUCCAAGCAUGUGUAUUUGGUGAAAACAAACCCAAUCAGCAGUACAGUGAAUUACUUGAUAUUGGCAAAGAGAUUGCCCAAAAAUUGAAGUGUUCGCCACUAGCAGCCAAAACAGUUGCUCGGUUACUGAAGAAACACCUUUCCUGGGAACAUUGGAGGGAAGUUCUUGAAAACAAUGAGUGGCAAAAUCAAACAAACAAUGACGAUAUUAUGCCAGCCCUAAAAAUUAGCUAUGAUUACCUUCCUUUCCACCUCAAACAAUGUUUUUCAUAUUUUUCCCUUUUCCCUGAAGAUCAUAGGUUUAAAGUUAUAGACAUUAAUCACUUUUGGAUCGCACUAGGCAUCAUACACUCUAGUUACGAAAAUAAGAAUUACUUAGAAGAACUUGUGGACAAUGGUUUUCUCGUGAUUGAAGUUAAUGAUUUAGAGGGUCAAUGCUAUGCAAUGCAUGAUUUAUUGCAUGAGCUGUCUCGGAGUGUUUCAUCCCAAGAUUGUACCAAUAUAAGUAGUUUUAGUUUUAGUGCCAACGAGAUCUCACAAUCCAUCCGACACUUGGCUAUUACCAUAGAUGAUCGAUAUGAUGAGAAUUUUAAGCAAGAAAUGGCCAAAUUGAAAAGCAGGAUACAUAUAAGAGAUUUGCGGACUUUGAUGAUUUUUAGAGGAUACAAUGAAUGGAUCGAUGAGAUUCUGAAGGACACAUUCAGUGAUAUAGAGAGUAUACGUGUCCUAUUUAUACCAGUGAACUCUACAGAGUCUUUGCCAAAAAAAUUCUCAAAACUUCUGCACCUUCGGUACCUAAAAAUUACAUCACCUAAGUAUUGUGAAGUAAGUUUACCUAGCACGCUACCAAUAUUUUACCACUUGAUAUUCUUAGACCUACAAGAUUGGAAGGGUAGUUCUGAUUUGCCUAAAUACUUUAGCCGUCUUGUGAAUUUACGCCAUUUCAUUGCUGGUAGUAAACUCCACUCCAAUGUUCCCGAGGUUGGAAAGAUAGAGCGACUGGAGGAGCUAAAAGAAUUCCAUGUUAAGAAAGAGAGUGUUGGGUUUGAGCUGGAAGAGCUGGGGAAAUUGAAAGAACUUCGUGGAAGACUCGUGGUCUUUAAUCUUGAAAAGGUGGCAACCAAAGGUGAAGCUAACAAAGCCAAUCUGGCUUUUAAAACGAAUCUGAAAGUAUUGGGACUAGUUUGGGGUCCAAAAGAUCCAAACUGUGUUACCGAGCCGUUUGCUGAUUUAGAUGAUGAUGUUGCUGAUGGUCUCCAACCACAUGAUAAUCUCAGAGUACUUGGCAUUAGAGGACAUGGUGGUGCUAGUCCUCCCAGUUGGUUGUGUUGUGACAUGCCCAUGAGAUAUUUGGAGUGGCUAGGUUUUGAAGGUGUGUCUUGGGGCACUCUUCCACCUUUUGGGCAGUUACAAUAUCUCAAGAGACUGCAUUUGAAGAGGAUUGCCAAAGUGUGUCUGAUCGGACCUGAUUCUGGUACAGGUAGAAACCAAAGUUUCAUGCACCUGAAGGAAGUUGUCAUUUCUGACAUGCCACUUCUGGAAAGGUGGAUUGUGGAACCUAACUGCCAUCUGUUUCCAGUGCUUGAAACAAUCAAGUGCAGUGAUUGUCCCAAUCUCCUUUCACUGCCCUUUUUCCCAGAGUGCUCUGUCCGUUGUACACAAGGCAUACACUGUCCCAACCUGCAUAGACUAGAGAUUACUGAAUGCCCUAAGCUGUUCGUGUCCCCCAUCCCUCCUGCUCCUGCACUAAAAUACAUUAAAAUUGAAGAUACUCAUCGGAGUGUGACAUUCGAUGGAGAGGCACAUUGGGAUUGGGGUGUGAUAUUUGGUGGAGAUGAGAAUGUGUUGAAUUUGAUUGGCUACAUCGGUGCACUAGCCUUCCAUAAUAUGGGAAAUGUAGGGAGUCUUAUUUGUCGUCAUGUGUCAAUAACCUCUUUCACAGACCUCCAAAAAGUAACCUUCCCCAGGGAGCUUACUAGUUAUGAAGGCUCGGGCAUGAAGUCAAUCAAGUUCAUCAAGUGCGAGAAUUUAACAGUGGAUGGGUUCGAUCCUCUCAUCACAGCUGUCAGUGUAAAGGAAUUAUGGAUCAUGAAUGGUGAGAAUUAUCCCGGCUCUAUAGCCGCGGAUCUGCUCUCAGAGGUGGCAAGAAGAACCAAACAAUUGCCUGCAGGAUCCUUCCAAUUGGAGAAACUCGCCGUGAAUAGCAUCUCAGCGGUGCUUGUUGCUCCUGUCUGCAGUCACCUUGCUGCAACCCUCCACACAUUAAGCGCGGCUCUUGAUGAGCGGGUGGAAAGCUUCACAGAAGAGGAAGAGCAAGCACUUCAGCUUCUCGCCUCCCUCCAAACCUUAGAAUUUUGGAACUGCCAAGGUCUGCCGUGCCUCCCUCAAGGGUUACACACCCUUCCUUCUCUCAGUUCUCUAUCAGUCUCACACUGCCCUGAGAUCCGGUCGCUGCCUAUGGGGGGCCUCCCCACUUCAAUUCGUGAGAUAAAGGUAGACUCAUGCAGCGCCAAGCUACACAAGCUAGUCAGGAAAUUAAAGAGAAGAAACCCAGAAUUAAAGGUGGAUGCCUAG